AUGGAACCUUCAGGUGCAGAAAAAUUGAAUUUUGCAGCGUCUUCUUUGAAUGAUAUCAUAAGUGAUCCAAAAAGAUCAAGAUGCAUGCCAUAUAAAGAAGAGGAUAGAGUGAAUACAUUUGAAAAAAUCACAAUGCAUCCUAAGGCCAAACAUGUGAACAUGAAGAAAUCACCCCUUUCAUGUACACCCAAAGUAAAGAGAUUUAAAGCAGAUCUUGAAGAGCAAAGUAAAAAGACACAUAAAAGUAGUAGGGGAACGGUCAUGCUUCUGAGAGAAACAUGUUCUGUCAUCACUUCUUCAGAUGCCUUUAAAUUAGACAUAUCAGAGGGAGGUGAAACAGGAACAAUGCAAAGCCAUGUGCCCUACCCUGCGCCACAGAAAUCACUGCCUAUAGGGCAAGUAAGAUCUACAAAGAUCAUUGCUAUCAAUUUUAAAAAAAGAAAACUACAUCCACCAUGGGAAGAGGAAGAAGUACACACCUCAGCCACUGAUAAUUUGACAUACCCCAGCAGCUCAAUUUUCAUGACCAAGAUAUUUAUACCUCCUCAUGUGUCCAGUGUCAAGAAACACAGAACGCCGAGUAAGAAAAGAAUUCAUCAGUGGACUAGUAAUGAAAAACCAGAACAGAAACAAGAAAGAACAAGACACCACAAUGUAGUUGCAACAAAAUGUGAUGAUUCUAUAUCAUUGCUUACAACAGAGCAAAUAGCAUCCCCAAAGCAAAUUUCUAAAUGUUCAAAAAAGAGGAAAAUUCUUCCCCCAGUGCAGGAAGAAGUACAAACCCCAGCCACAGAUGGCUCAACACACUCUAGUGACAUAGUUUUAAAAGCUACGGUAUCUGCACCUACUCAUGGGUUCAGUCUCAGUGAGCACAGUACCCCAAGAAAGAGGAAGACUCCCCAUGGGAAAAAUAAAAAAAGGACAAGACAGAAACAGGAAAAAGCAAGAAAGUUUAAUGUGUUUGUAACAGAGAGUUAUCCUUCUCUUUCUUCUAGAGUGAAGGAAGAGAAACAUAAACUGGGAAAAAUACAAUUUUCUCCUCCACCAUUAAAGGUCAAAGGUAUAUUAGACUCAGACCAAAAACCAUGCAUGAAAUCAUCAGGUUAUGUGUUAAGCAACAAAAAAGAACCAACACAGGAUGAAGGAAAGAAUAGAUUCAGAAAAGACAUGAUAGAUGAAAAGAUCCCCAAAUUAGUAGAUCAAAAGGUAAAGAAACUACCACAAUCAUAUACACUCAGUAUCAAAGAGCUGCAGAGCAAAGCCCAGGGAGAAAAACUUUUGGAUCUGGAAAGUACAAAUGUAAAAUUGUCCGUCUCACAAUUGCAACUCAAGAAGUUUUCAGGUUCACAGAUGGCUGAUAGAAAAGUUUACCGUGAGAUCAAAUUACUAAAAGAAAAUGUGCCACAGAAAGAAAAGGUAGGUAAAAAAAAGCAUGUGGGUGUAAACAGUAUCACAGUGCAUCCCAAGAAUAUACAUUUGAAGACAAAGAGAUCACCCAUUUUACCUAUGCAGAAUUUGAGUGACUUUCAGUGGAAAAUGAGACAGCAGGGAGGAAAGGCCAAAGAAGACAGAAGUGAGCCGCGAACAACAUUAACUAAGAAGUUGACUAAGAUACCCACUGCUACGUCUCCCCAGCCUAUUGUUACUGUGAAUAUGGGAGUCAAAGAAGAACGUGCAAUGGGAGACUUACAGAAAUCAGCAGAUGCUGAAGAAGGCAUUUACACUCAGUCAAUUACUGGAAAUUCUUCAAUUAGUCGACAGAGUGAAAAACUACAUGUGUCAGAGGAAAAGGAAGAAGAUGGAAUGCAAAUAGCAACUCACAAAUAUCAACAAACAAAGGUGCAGGAACGUAAAGAUGAACAAGGCUUGGUUUUGACUAAAUCUUUAUUACUAAAUUUGCCUCGUCCCCAAUUGUGUGAGAAAACAGAAUUCGGUAACACAAAACUAAGACUUAGAAGUCCUGCUUUGCAGAGAAUAUCUACUGAAGGAGAAACAGUACCUAGAGAGGUAGGUAUCACUGUUGGUGAUACCAUGAAAGAUGUUAAAAAACAUUAUAUGCCUCAGAGAGUAGAGACAUAUAGAAAAGAAACCCUAGAAAUAAUAGACAGGAGAGGCACAGAUGUCACUUUGAAAUCUCGGAAAUCACUUCUGUCCCAGAAAGUCCACAGAUCAGAACUGCACAUGCACAUCAGAGCUCCCAGACCGAAGAAGCACGAUGACGUCAGCGAGCCUCGAGUGUUGAGGAAAAUGUACACUUCCAAAGCUUCUCUCACCAGUGUCACAAGGUGCAAAAGUGCACAAGUAGUUGAAGUAAACCAUCUUGUAGACGGUUUAGAGAGCAAACCAUCUUCUCCACUCCAACACAUUGUCCCAGCAUUAACAGAUGCAGAGAAAAUAACACACAAAGAGGACAUGUGUACUAAUGUCAGAAAAGGAAAACAGCAUUCAAAACAGGUAGAAAAAACAGUGGACUUGACAAUUGAGGUGCCUUGCAAAAGGGCAAAGGUCUCACCAAUUUCACAUAUUCUUAAUACAAACAAAUUUGUCCUGAAUAUGAAGGUUCUGGAGAAAAAUGUACACAAAAACAAAAGUGAGCUCACUGUGGUUGCAUCACGGACUUUCUGGUCCAUACCACCAACAGAUUCUAGAUAUUCACAGGACAAAACACAGAGAGGCACAGCAGGAUUUACAAAAUCCCCUCAUCCACACGAAAAUUCCCAAGAACCAGCAGAUGUCCAUAGCACAAUAACCAGAGAGUUAGCUGAGGUUGGUUGUAAGUGUGUUGUUAAGGCAUCAGAACACAGUGUGCUGCUGAAACAAACCAGGCUACAGAAGUCAAAACAUGUGACCAGCGCCCUGCGAAUAAGUCAGCGUACACAUACUGAGUCAGGACGCAAGCCAGCCUUCCCGCAUCAUAAAAUUGAUUUCACAAGAUUAGGUGCCAUAAUAGGGGAAAAGGUGCUGGACAUGUCCUUCAAAUGGCAAAAGUGUCAGCCAGGAAGAUGCAAAAAAGAACCUUCAGCUAAAACUUUAAAUUGGAAGAAAGAGAGUGAAAGCAAAGAUAAUGUAAGUCACAAAGCUAAGUUUCCAGUUUCUCCACUCUUUUCUUCAGAAAAGAUACCACCUAAAAAAUUAAGCAUUGCUCAUGCAAGUAAAUCUCAAGAUAAGGAAAAACAAAAUGUGAUGACAACAGAGAAAGUCAGGCCUUCAGCCAAACGUAGCCAGCAGAUUAAGACAAGAUCCUUUUCUUUGCUUAAGGUUCCAGUUCCCCACAGAAAUCAGCGGACACCUUUACAAAUAAAUAUGGAUAAAAAAACUGUAGUGAAUAUCAGUCCACAGAUACAGUCAGGGGUACCCAUGAGUACUAAAGAGGUUUAUGACACAAGAAGGAAAGAAGAUCCACCAUUGAUUGUGACUGCAAAGCAAAACCUUCAAGGACAAAGAUUGAGUCAAACAAACAAUCUCAAUUCAUCGUAUGCCUAUAUUCCUAUUUGUCCUAAAAGCCAGAAAAACAGAUUCACAGUAAUAAAUAUGAGAAAAGAACUGAAACGCAAAUAUUCGACUAUGAGACUCCCACAGCACCCAAUUUCAAAGAUGUUCGGUACCACAGGAUGUGGUUGUCCAAGCAAGAAGAGGAUAUUAGAAUAUGCCUCCAACAAACCAAAAACCAUGGCUCCAAGGAGUAAAGAUACCUCUUCAGAAAUCGUUAUCAGAAGUCUUUAUGCUUCCACAAUAAAUCCACCUCACAAUGAAGGGCUACUUGAAUCAAAAACAAAUUCAAAAAGAGAAAUGACAGUCUGUCAUUCUAAAUUCCAGAAGAAAUUACCAGAUGAAUCAAAAACAAAUUCAAAAAGAGAAAUGACAGUCUGUCAUUCUAAAUUCCAGAAGAAAUUACCAGAUGCUAGAAAAAUUAAGGACAUCUUAAUACAUAGAAACUCAUUGGGCACUAUAGAGACUCAUUUGAAAAGAACUACAAGAAUAAAUAUUCCAUCUCCAAGACUACAGCCAUUGUCUGGAACCCCACUAUUAGAUACAAUGAGAGAAUGUCCCUUCCUUUCAAAGCAAGGGGAAGCUGCUCCAGAAACUGUGCCCACAACAUUUCAAGAUAAAAACAAUGAAAACAAAACACUUGUAGAACAUUUGUUUCCCAUUUAUAAAGUGCUUAAAAGUGUCUUUGAAGUCCCUGUUAAAAGUAAGCUCCAAAGCCAAGUUCUUUCUGAAAUACUGGGGGAAGUAGAAGCCUACAAGCCUGGUGGUGCAAAGGCAUCUCCUUUGCCAGAGAGUCCAGGCACGUCAUCAAAACUAUAUGCCACCCUGCUACAUACACCUCUUUUAAAACAGCUUACUCCAGAAGUAAAGAAUAAGCUUACUAUGCAUUUAGUUUCCAAAGCAACUGAGAUAAAACUAAAUCAGAUACCAGAGAUGGUAAACACAUCCUUAGAGAAGUAUGACUCUCUCCAAGGGACUAUUUCAGAAGACUACAGUUACAAGUUUUAUCUGAAACAUUUAAAAAUGAAUUUUAAGUCUCCAAAAGUUGAUACUAUAUGUGCCAACUUAAAAAACAAUUAUGAAAGAGCUUUUUCUCCUCUCAGCUGUGUGAAGACACCAACAACUAAUGUUUCAAGUAGCAUCAAGAAGGCCAUGACAAAACCAAAGGACAUCAAAAAGAAAAGUGUAACAUCAUUAGCAAGUCUGAGUAAUCUUCCCUUAAUUCAUGUUCUCCACAAGUUCUCAGAGAAAGAAAAGGACAAUCUUCUUGUGCAUCUUUGUACAAAAACAGUGGAGAUACAAGCAAUGGGACUUCCCAGAAUAGCCGCACAAUCUUAUGCAAUAGUCAACGGCCAGAGUAACUCGAAGCCCUUAUUUAAGUGUAUCCAUCCUACCACAAAAGGGCCAAAACGAACAAACCGAGUCUUAGUACUUUUUGAUGAAAAAUCUUUUUGUGAAAUCGACUAUGAUUUGCAACACAAAUACCUCCGCUCACUCCCGACCUCUUCUGUCACUAUGGUCUCUAUGCCAAAAGCACUUCCCAAACACACUUCCAAGAUAAGUAAGGGUUCAGGUUCAAGUAAGAGUUCAAGUAAGGAAUGUAAAAAAGUAGAAGAUUGUGAGGAAAGUAGUACUCUUCCCUUUGACAAAGAAUUUUUACAACAUGUUUCUUUCCCAAAGAUAAAUCCACAAGGAAGCUCACUAUGCUUCAGAAAAUUCCAAGAGCCAGUUAAUGUGCCUGCCUUUUACCCUGGUCUACAAGGCACUGAACAAAAUGAUAUAAUUCUUUCAGAUUUAAAAUUACAGAUGACACCAGAAAAAAGUAAAAAAUGUCAUGUAUGGUUUCAAGAAGCCAGUGCAUACAAGCAUUCUGUUCCAGGAACUCAACAAAAGAUUGCUGAUUUAGCUGAUUCAUAUUCAUCUUGGAUUUCAGAUGACUGGACAAAUGUCUCCCCAAAUACUGAGACUUCAACUGACAUAGUAGAAUGCCAAGCUCCUAAAGAAAGUAACAGCGAGGAAUGUGUGUUUAUAGAAACCAAUUUUUACUUAACUCGGGAUUCACAAAACUUUCUGUCUGAGGUGCCUAAAGGCAUUCCAUUGGCAGAUAUUCACAAGGGUGAUAGAGCAAAUUAUCUGAAACCAUUUUCCCCUAAAGAUCCAAAUGACAGCCAUACUAGAACCCAUAGGAAACAUACCUGCCCUGUGACACAACCUUUCUAUCAGUCUCCAAAUAGCAGGAAAUAUAGGUUAAACUCCAAAACGCAGCCUCCUGACUGGAUGUCUUGCAGAUCGUCCAGCACUGUGGAGAUUGAGUCUACAUGCUCUUCCAUAAUGUUUGAUGAUGACAAGCAGUGGACCACGACCACAUGGAGCAGAGCAAGCUACUCCCUAACAUCCUCAGCAACAGAAUCAAGUAUUAAAUUGAGUCUUAUAAAAAACCAGGACAAAUCUCACAUGUAUCCACAACUCAAGGAUAGAAAGAAGGCUAGAUUUGAUUUACAGAGGAAGUCCAAUACCUACCAGAGCUCACAUUACAGUCACUUACACAAUAAAGAGAAACAGACAAAGAAGAGACAAACCAAUCGGAUGCCAGAGCCAAAUGCUCAUUGGCAAAACAUCAAAUUCUAUUCAGAAAGAAGAGAAAAGCAGCCCUUUUUUUAUGUCUGUGUACCAGCAGAUUCAAUGGAUGUUAUUCCCCAAACCAUUCGCUGGGUUGUUCCCCAAAAAAUUUUACAGAAAAGAAACUUCCAAAUUCCUCGAGUGGCAAAUAUUUCAAAUUCUUGGAAUUUAUGGGGUUCAUCCAAAAAGUUGUUGGGGUCACUCGCAGGAGCCUUAAAUACAGCCCAUUAUGGUUAAUACCAACUGCACGUGGAUUCUUCUGAGUUGGAACACUGGUUGCUACUGUGAUAUUCUAUGAAAAUAAAAUAAUAGAA